UCUCACUCUUGAGGACGAUGUCGCUCCGAAUCCUCGUUUUGGGCAGUGGAGGAAGGGAACAUGCGCUGGCCUGGAAGCUAGCCCAGUCCGAGCUCGUCCAGCACAUCUUCGUCUGUCCCGGAAACGGAGGAACGAGCACUGGCUCUAAAAUCUCCAACGUCUCCGAAGUCUCGGGCUCGGACUUUGACGAGCUCGUUAAGUGGGCCGUCGAGAACAAAAUCAAUCUCCUAUUGCCCGGGCCAGAGCAACCACUGGUAGACGGCGUCGAAACUUACUUCCGAAAAGUCGGCAUCCCCGUCUUCGGCCCCAGCGCGUUGGCGGCCAGGAUGGAAGGGUCGAAGGCGUUCUCCAAAGAUUUCAUGGCGCGUCAUUCAAUCCCGACCGCUGCGUACCGCACCUUCACCUCGUCACAAGUCGAAGAUGCCAUCGAGUAUGUGCGCACUUGCGGACACAAGGUCGUUUUGAAAGCGAGCGGACUCGCCGCUGGGAAGGGUGUUCUUAUCCCAGAGACAGUGGAUGAAGCCAUUGAGGGCCUCAAGGAGAUCAUGGUCGAAAACGUAUUUGGCUCAGCAGGGGAUGAGGUCGUGAUCGAGGAACUACUCGUCGGCCCCGAACUGUCUGUGCUCGCGUUUUCCGAUGGGUACACCAUUGUUCCGUUGCCUGCUGCUCAGGAUCACAAACGAAUUGGUGAAGGCGAUACGGGCCCAAAUACUGGCGGUAUGGGGGCCUACGCGCCCGCUCCAGAUGCAACGCCUGCAGUGAUGGAGCAAAUCAUGAAGGAAUCAUUGAAACCCACGAUCGAUGGCAUGCGUCGAGAUGGUUUUCCUUUCGUUGGCAUGCUCUUCACCGGAUUCAUGCUCACAGAAAAGGGUCCAAAAGUUCUCGAAUAUAACGUUCGCUUCGGAGACCCGGAGACAGAGGCUCUUAUGCUUCUUCUCAGCGAUGACACUGACUUAGCAUCUGUAUUGCUAGCUUGUGUAGAACACCGUCUGGACGCGGUUAAGAUUAACGCCCGCCCCGGGUUUGCUGUAUCUGUAGUAUUGGCCUCUGGAGGCUACCCUGGAAGCUACGCUAAAGGGAAAAACAUUUUAGUAGGCGAGGUCCCCUCGAAUGUGGUUGUAUUCCACGCAGGGACUAUCAAAAGGCAUGACACAGUAGAAACCUCGGGGGGCAGGGUGAUUGCUGUUGCUGCGUUUGCACCGACAUUACGCGAGGCACUGGAUGCCGUCUAUGCUGGGGUCGACAAGGUGGACUUUGAGGGCAAGACGUACCGACGGGACAUUGCUCACAGAGCUUUGAGGUCCGAUGUUACCUCUGGCCUUACUUACGCCCAGGCAGGUGUGUCAGUAGACGCGGGUAAUGCACUCGUAGAAGCCAUUAAGCCUUAUGUUCGUGCCACGCGUCGAGCGGGUGCGGACGGGGAGAUUGGCGGCUUCGGUGGCGUGUUCGACCUCAAGGCGACAGGAUACAAAGAUCCAGUGCUCGUGAGCGGCACCGAUGGCGUAGGCACAAAAUUACGCGUCGCCGUCGAUGCAGGAAUUCACGACAGCGUAGGAAUCGACCUCGUGGCCAUGUCAGUCAACGAUCUCAUCGUUCAAGGCGCUGAGCCGUUGUAUUUCCUGGACUACUACGGCUGCAGCAAGCUCGAGGUCCAUGUCGCCUCGCAAGUGAUCAAGGGCAUUGCAGUUGGAUGCCAGCGGGCCGGUUGUGCUCUGAUUGGCGGCGAGACAGCCGAGAUGCCAGGGAUGUACCUACCAGGCGAUUACGAUCUCGCAGGCUUCGCAGUCGGAGCGGUCGAGCGAGAGCAAAUCUUGCCGCAACCAAACAUCGCCGCCGGAGAUGUCCUGAUUGGCGUGUCCUCUUCUGGGUUGCACUCUAACGGCUUCUCGCUAGUUCGGAAGGUGGUCGCGAUUUCAGGGCUGACCUACUCUUCGCCUUGUCCAUGGGACACCAACGUCACGCUUGGCCGCGCUCUGCUCGAGCCCACCAAAAUUUACACCAAAACGCUCCUUCCUGCCGUGAAAGCGGGUCUUCUCAAGGGCAUGUCGCACAUCACGGGUGGCGGCUUCGUCGAAAACAUCCCCCGCGUCCUCCCCAAGGGCCUGGGGUGCUCCAUCGACGCGUCAGCAUGGGAACUCCCGCCCGUCUUCAAGUUCCUGGUCAAGCAUGGCCGCAUCGAACCGCUUGAGAUGGCGCGGACGUUCAACAACGGGAUCGGGAUGGUGCUGAUCGUCGACCCGUCGAAAGUCGACGAUGUGCUGCGGGCCCUCGCCGCAGCCGGCGAGGCGCGCGUGUACAUGAUCGGUCAAGUCUCAGACAAGGCAGGCGUAGAGAUGCAGAACCUGGAAGGAUGGACGGCGUAGACAUCGAACACCACACACAGCCACAUAUUCAUAUUGCACUAUCUACCGUUUGUCU